UUAUAUUAACAGACCAAGGUGGGAAGAUCAAAGUACAGAUGAUAUAAAGGAAUCAUUGACACCAAUUGAGCGCAAGUUGGCCGAUACUCUAACUGUCGUUGAAGUAGAAGGAAAGAGAGGAAGAAAAGUUCCAGUAAUUUUGACGCCCAUAAUAAAAGAGUCUAUCGAUUUGCUGAUUCGACACCGGUAUCAGUGUAACAUUUCUUCGCAAAACAAAAAUACAUUUUUGCGAGAUCAAAUCCAUCAUUAAGCCACCUCAGAGGUCAUGACUGCUUGAAUAAGACAUGUGAGGAAGUACAACUUGAAAACGCGUCACUGAUCAGUGGAACAAAGCUAAGGAAGUAUGUAGCGACGGUUUGUCAGUUGUUCAACAUGUCAGAGAAUGAAUAUGAUUGGCUGGCAAGACAUUUAGGACAUGACAUAAGAGUACAUAGAGAAUUUUACAGAUUGCAUGAAAGUGCAGUAGAAUUAACUAAAGUCAGCAGGCUACUGAUUGCUGUAGACAAAGGUGAAGCCAGCCGAUUUGCCGGAAAACGCAUUGAGGAUAUUUCCAUAGAAGAUUUGCCGUAUUUGGAGGACGAAGCAGAUAACAUUGAACCAGAAAGUGAGGACGAAAAUAUUGAAAUAGAUCCAAAUAAUGUAGCGGGAGUGCCUGAAGAACAAACAACGAAAAGACGAAUCGCAAAAAAAGUGUCACCUAUACGGAAGAAUAGAAGAGAAAAGAUAAAUUGGUCAAAGGAGGAAAAGUCAGCAGUCCUCAUAUUUUUCAGAGUGAAUAUAAAAAAAGGAAUUGUUCCUAAUAAAGAACAAUGUAUGCAAUGUAUUGUCGAUAAUAAAGCUACAUUGGAAAGAAGAAAUUGGAAGAAUAUUAAAGAUUGCGUUUAUAAUGAAAUUAAAGCUUGCAAAAGAAGAAAAAAACAUUAAAUUUUAUAUUAUAUCAACUGUCAAUAAAAAG